AUGGCUGACGGUGUUUUCCAAGGUGCAAUCGGUAUCGAUUUGGGUACUACCUACUCGUGUGUGGCAACCUAUGACUCUGCUGUGGAGAUCAUUGCCAACGAACAGGGUAACAGAGUUACUCCUUCUUUCGUCGCUUUCACUCCAGAAGAGAGAUUGAUUGGUGAUGCUGCUAAGAACCAGGCUGCUUUGAACCCAAGAAACACUGUGUUCGAUGCUAAGCGUUUGAUUGGUCGUGCUUUCGAUGACGAAUCCGUUCAAAAGGAUAUCAAGAGUUGGCCAUUCAAGGUUGUCAACUCUAGUGGUAACCCUCAAAUUGAGGUUGAGUACUUGGGUGAGACCAAGUCUUUCUCUCCUCAAGAAAUCUCCUCUAUGGUUUUGACCAAGAUGAAGGAGAUUGCCGAGGCCAAGAUCGGUAAGAAGGUUGAAAAGGCUGUUGUCACCGUUCCAGCUUACUUUAACGAUGCUCAACGUCAAGCUACCAAGGAUGCCGGUGCCAUUGCAGGAUUGAACGUUUUGCGUAUCAUUAACGAGCCUACUGCUGCUGCCAUUGCCUACGGUUUGGGUGCUGGUAAGUCCGAGAAGGAGAGAAACGUUUUGAUUUUCGACUUGGGUGGUGGUACUUUCGAUGUUUCUCUUUUGAACAUUACUGGUGGUGUUUUCACCGUCAAGGCUACCGCUGGUGACACUCAUUUGGGUGGUCAAGAUUUCGACACCAACUUGUUGGAUCACUUCAAGGCUGACUUCAAGAAGAAGACCGGUUUGGACAUCACCAACGAUGCCAGAGCUAUCAGAAGAUUGAGAACUGCUUGUGAGCGUGCCAAGAGAACUUUGUCAUCUGUCACUCAAACCACCGUUGAGGUCGACUCUCUUAGUGAGGGUGAAGACUUCUCCGCUAACAUCACCAGAGCUAGAUUCGAAGACAUCAACUCUGCUUUGUUCAAGUCCACUUUGGAGCCAGUUGAACAAGUGUUGAAGGAUGCCAAGGUCAGCAAGUCCGCUGUCGAUGAGGUUGUGUUGGUUGGUGGUUCCACCAGAAUUCCAAAGGUGCAAAAAUUGUUGUCUGACUUCUUCGAUGGUAAGCAAUUGGAAAAGUCCAUCAACCCUGAUGAGGCUGUUGCUUACGGUGCUGCCGUCCAAGGUGCUAUCUUGACCGGUCAAUCCACCUCUGAAGACACCAAGGACUUGUUGUUGUUGGAUGUUAUUCCAUUGUCAUUGGGUGUUGCUAUGCAAGGUAAUGUUUUCGCUCCUGUUGUGCCAAGAAACACCACUGUUCCUACCAUCAAGAGAAGAACUUUCACCACUGUUGCUGACCACCAAACCACCGUGCAGUUCCCAGUUUACCAAGGUGAGCGUGUCAACUGUUCCGAAAACACCUUGUUGGGUGAGUUCGACUUGAAGAACAUUCCUCCUAUGCAAGCUGGUGAACCAGUUUUGGAGUCUAUUUUCGAAGUCGAUGCCAACGGUAUCUUGAAGGUGACUGCUGUUGAGAAGUCCACCGGUCGUUCCGCUAACAUCACCAUCUCUAACUCCAUUGGUAGAUUGUCUUCCGAUGAGAUUGAGAAGAUGAUUGAGGACGCCGAGAAGUUCAAAUCGUCUGACGAUGCUUUCGCCAAGAGACACGAGCACAAGCAAAAGUUGGAGGCUUACGUUGCCUCGGUUGAGUCCACUGUCACCGACCCAGUCUUGUCUGCUAAGUUGAAGAAGUCUGCCAAGGACAAGAUCGAGGCUGCUUUGUCUGAUGCCAUGCAAGCUUUGGAGAUCGAAGACUCUUCUGCUGAUGACUACAGAAAGGCUGAGUUGGCAUUGAAGCGUGCCGUCACCAGAGGUAUGUCCACCCGUUAA